GCGAUAGUUUGUUCGGUUUAUUCAGGUUCGCUUAAGUUUUCUCAUAUACCGUAGAAAUUUUAGAUUCGUUAACAUAGUUUGACGGAAUAAAUAAAUUUUACUUCAAGACUCGAUUUUUGGUGAUAGGUGUAUUAAAAUCGGUGUGUCGUGAUGGACAAAGUCAAAAAAGGAAUGUCAGACGAAGAACGUCUACAACUAGCCGCAAAGCUGGAUAACGAAUUAGAUCAAUUUAUAAAUUCUUUGGAAAAACGACGUUACACCGAAGGAUGGCCGGAGGACCGAUGGGAGGAGGAAAUGGCGAAGCAUCCAUUUUUCAUGCAAAAGCCACCGGAACCGGGUGAGGAACUCAGUCCGCUGAUGGAAGGAUUGCAACAAUUGAAAUAUGAUCCGGCGGAAAAUACCGCCCAAGAAUUAGCCGAUGCUUACAAAGAUGAUGGCAAGUUCUACAUGCAGCACAAAAAGUUUCGAAUGGCCGUUCUAAGUUAUACGGAAGCAUUAAACUUCGAUCUGACUGAUCCGGAGUACAAGGCUGUGUUGUACAAUAACCGAAGUGCAGCAAACUUUUUUAUAAAAAAUUACCGAUCAUCUCUACUGGAUGCAUUGAAGGCAUUCGAACUAAAGCCAGAUUACGACAAAGCCCGAUGGAGAGCGGCUCAAUGUGCUAGUUUACUAAAUAAGUAUGAACAGUGCGUUUCUCUGUGCGAUCAGAUCUUGGACCGAGAUCCUAGUAAUAAUCAAGCACUGGAAUUAAGGAAGACUACUCUGGCAAAAAGAGCGUCUAGGGAACGAGAUGCACGUAGAGCUGCUCAAGCUGAACGCACCAAGUUGGAGCAGCAAACGAGGACAAUGGAACAGCUUAGAAAACGUAAAAUUAAAUUUGAAGAACACGAUGCACUGACGAAUGUCAAACGCUUGAAGCCACGUCUUGCUCCGCUGGAGGAUUUCAUGGUGAAGGCGGACAGCAAUGGUGUUCUCCACUGGCCUACGGUAUUCUGUUAUCCACAGUUUUUAAGUACCGACUUUCAACAACAGCUGUCUGAGGAGUACACAAUGGAAGAAGUACUUAUCAAUAUGCUCGAGGAACCACCCAGUGAAGACGAGGAGGGCAUAUAUCUGCCACACAAUUUGAACGUUUAUUAUGAAGAUCGACUAGAGGGCUGUGUGUACAAAGCGGACACAAAGAAACAAAUAAAAGAUAUCGUCCUGGAAAAGAGAUUCUAUGUGUAUGAAGGUACGCUGGUUUUCUUCAUUCUUCCCAAAGACUCGUCACACGAGCAAGACUUUUUAAACCAAAAACGAUUACCACUCAGAUUGAAUCAGUAAGCAGUUAUCACCAUACCACCCGCAAAUCGUAACCAAAUGCCUUUUAAAAUCAACAUAUAAUUUUACAAUAUUAAGUAAAGAAUUACCACUUCAUGCACUACUAUUUGCCCUCAUUGAGGUAAUCUUGUAAUAUUACCUGUUCAACGCUCAAAUAAAA